GCUUCACUGUUCAUUCCUUCCACACUUUCCACAACUGCUGCUGUCAGGUGAAACAUCUGAAUCUAAAACCAUGGCCAAGGACAUGACUCUACUGUGGGGCUCAGGCUCUCCUCCCUGCUGGAGGAUAAAGAUUGUCCUGGAGGAGAAGAACCUGCAGGGCUACAACGAGAAACUGCUCGCCUUUGAGAAAAUGGAGCAUAAGUCUCAGCAAGUCAUGGACAUGAAUCCCAGGGGACAGCUUCCUGCCUUCAAACAUGGGAACAAUAUCCUGAAUGAGUCCUACGCUGCCUGCUUGUACCUGGAGAGCCAGUUCAAGUCCCAGGGAACCAAGCUGAUCCCUGACUGUCCUGCUGAGCAAGCACUGAUGUACCAGCGCAUGUUUGAGGGCAAUACAUUCGGCCAGAAAAUGGCGGAUGUUAUCUACUACAAUUGGAAGGUCCCAGAGGGGGAGAGGCACGACUCUGCUGUGAAGAGAAACCGAGAGGCUUUGACUGCUGAGGUCAAGCUGUGGGAGGGAUACCUACAGAAGUUGUCAGGCCCCUACCUGGCAGGAAAGAGCUUUUCCUUGGCUGAUGUGGCUAUGCAUCCAAGCAUUGCUUACAUCUUCCGUUUUGGGUUAUCUGAGGAGCGUUACCCUAAACUGGCAGCAUACUAUAACUCUUUGAAGGAAAGACCCAGCAUCAAAGCAACAUGGCCUCCUACCUGGCUGGAGAACUCACAGGAACAAGACAUUCUUAAAGACAUCUAACUUUCAAACUCAAAUCAGCUGACACAUUAAACGUUCCUGUUGUUUGAUAUAUGUAUAAAACCACUCCCUGAAUUGCACUAUUCUAGAUGGCUGCAUUAAAACAUUUUUAAAAAAAAGUUGAAUAUUUUGUUACUGUGGUUAACUUUCUGACAUAAUUUGUGCUGCAGAUGACUCAUUUUGUCCUGUAAGCAAAAACAAUAAAAGUUGACUUUCUA